AUGGUUGCCUUCAUUACUCUCGCUUCUGUCUUCCUCGCCGCUGCCUCGGCUUUCGCUGCUCCGGCGAACAAUGUGAACAUGCGCCGCCAGUCCGUUGGCCAGACUAUUACCGGUGGAAUGGCCACGUUCUACUUCCAAGGAGGCGUCGCUGGCUCCUGCGGCAACGUGAACCCCGACAGUGCGCUCAUUGUCGCAGUCCAGGCGCAAAGCUACAACGCAGCCAACUGCGGCCGCCAAGUCCGCGUCACGAACACGCAGAACCAGCGCAGCGUCGUAGCGACGAUCGCCGACCGUUGCCCGACGUGCCAGAACAACCCCAACUCGCUCGAUCUCUCCCAGGGCGCGUUCGAUGCUAUUGCGGACGAGGCGACGGGUGUUGUGCCGAUUGAGUACACUUACCUGUCAUGA